AUGAACGUUUUGCGCGCGUUCAACGCAACCCUCGCCCGCCGUCCCCUGCUCACUCAGGUCGUCGUUUCCGGCGGAGUCUCUGGCGCCGGCGACGCAUUCACACAAUACCUGACGGGCCAGAAGACGUGGGAUCACUGGCGGACCGCCCGAUUCACGUGUCUCGCCGCCGUGUUCAUUGCGCCGCCAUUGAACGUGUGGUUCCGAGUGCUCGAGAGAAUUCGACACGCGAAUCGACACGUGCAGGUGCUCUCCAGGAUGGCGCCCGAUCAGUUGGUGUUCAGGUGAGAGAGCAGCAAGUUUCAUUGUAAAAAAAACAGAAAAACUUAUCCUUAAAACCUGAAAAUAUCCUAAAAUUAGUUUACUUACAGUGCGUCUCUUCGAUAAAAGUUUCUCCAACUGGGGAAGUUAGAAUAUUUAUUCGAACGCUUACAAAAAUGUAAAUGUUGUCCAUAAAGCACUAAUUCGACAAGUUUUCUAAAGUUUCCAUAAUAUAGCAAAAUUUGAGUAAUUUUUGACAACAACCAUGAAAACAUGCCAAUAACAAGGCCACAAUUGCAGUCCGCUCUUCAACGCGUUCAUCCUCGUCCAACUGCGAGUGCUCGAGGGCUUCUCGGUUUCCGAGUCGAUCGAGCGAAUGAAGGCCGACUGGUUCGUCGUGUACUCGAGCAGUCUGCGCGUGUGGCCGUUCGUCCAACUCCUCAACUUCUACUUUGUUCCCCUCAAUUAUCGAGUCAUUCUCAUUCAAGUCGUCGCCUUUUUCUGGAAUUCCUGGCUUUCCUACAAGACGCAGCGACCUGUCGAGUAG